UCUACGCAAAUUGGGGUAGGCUUCUUCAAAGCCCAGCUGCCUAUCAAAAACCCUACUAGCCCAUCAAUCAAUUUCAGGCUUGCUUGCCUAGACUUCCCCAACCAGAAGCCCAGUCUAUUACGCAGGCUUAGCUUAGCUUAUCCGUGAACCUCCCUUGUUGGGUUCUUCACCUGUGUUGUUGCCUUCUUCUUCAGUUGAAUCAGUUGUUUGUUCUUUCAGUGACAGCCUCACAUUCCCACUUAUUUUCCCAGUUUGGCAGUUUCAACCCAAUCUUUCAGCCUUGAAUUGCUUCCAAAGGGCCAAAAGGAAUCAUUUGUGGAGCCCCCUUCAGUGGAAGAUCAAGUCCAAGAGAGAGAGAGAGAGAGAGAGAGAGAGAAAGAGUCCAGCAUCAAUGAAGGCUGUAGUGAUAACCACUCCAGGUGGACCGGAGGUCCUCCAACGACAAGAAGUUGAAGACCCAGAACUCAAAGGCGAUGAGGUCCUAAUAAAAGUUGAGGCCACGGCGCUGAACCGAGCCGACAUUCUUCAGAGGAAGGGCAUGUACCCACCACCCCCAGGUUCCAGCCCAUACCUGGGUCUUGAAUGUUCUGGAACCAUUGAGGCCGUUGGGAAGCAAGUGUCAUACUGGCAAGUCGGUGACAAGGUGUGUGCUCUUCUUAGCGGAGGAGGGUAUGCUGAGAAGGUGGCAGUUCCAGCUGGACAAGUCCUUCUUGCUCCACCUGGUGUUUCUUUGCAGGAUGCUGCUAGUUUUCCCGAGGUUUCAUGCACUGUUUGGUCGACUGUGUUUAUGAUGAGUAGGCUAUCUGCUGGCGAAACAUUUUUGGUUCAUGGGGGCUCCAGUGGAAUUGGUACAUUUGCAAUUCAGAUAGCUAAAUACUGGGGAGCAAAGGUGUUUGUCACAGCAGGAAGUAAGGAAAAGUUGGCUUUUUGCAAGAAUCUUGGAGCUGAUUUAUGCAUCAAUUACAAGACGGAGGAUUUUGUUGAGCGGGUAAAGGAAGAAACGGGUGGCAAGGGUGUUGAUGUUAUCUUGGAUAUCAUAGGGGCAGAGUACUUUCGGCAGAACCUUGACAGCUUAAGUUUUGAUGGGAGGCUUUUUGUUAUUGGGACGAUGGGUGGUGCUGUUACAGAAAUAGAUCUUCGUAUUGUGCUUUCGAAGCGCCUUACCAUCCAAGCUGCCGGCUUGCGAUACAGAAGUCCAGAAAACAAAGCAGCGAUUGUUAGGGAGGUGGAAAACAAUGUGUGGCCUGCAAUUGUGGCUGGCAAGGUGAAACCUGUGGUCUACAAGUAUUUUCCAUUAUCUAAAGCAGCAGAGGCUCACCGGCUCAUGGAAAGCAGCAAGCACAUUGGAAAGAUUCUGCUUCUUCCCUGAUGAUAUGAAUGUUAAGUAUUUUGAACUCAAAUAAACAACAUGGUUCAGAGUCUUCAGACCUUGUGAGCAGCUGGGGUCUAUCGUCUAGGAUAAUGUUUAAUUUGCAUAGCUUAAGUUGUUUAAUACUCUUGUAUUAUGAGAAUUAAAUCAAGGUUAACGGAUAAAUUUCGGGAUAUUUUUAGGUUUGGUUUUAA